CAAUUAGCUAAAAAGCCAAACAAUGAAGUUGAGUGUGGUUUGUUUUGUUACCCUUUUGGCCUGUGCAUCGGCCUAUGAGGUGGACCUCUUGACCGAGGAUGAGUUUAAUCAACUUGCCGAUCCUAAUCCCCAAAACCCAGAAGUGCAUGGCCUGAUAUUGAAUUCGCAGGCCAAGAAGGCCGUGAAGAAUUUGAUGGAACAUCUGCCCUGUGGUUUUCCUGAAUACGGAAUUCCUCCAUUGGCGCCCUACACCAAUGCUGAUCUAAAUAUUCAUUUGGCUGAAUCGGUUGUUGAUUCCUUGCUGCAGUUUCUGCGCUUCCGUUUCGAUGGCUUGGAUACCAUGGAGAUCAAGAAGCUAAAGGUCAGCUACACCUUCAACAAGAAGGUUCAGUUCCAUUUCAAGUUCAAGGAGCUAAAGGCCAGCGCUCACUUCCUGAACAGCGACACAUUGAUCGAUUUGCUGCAGGAGCUGGGCCUCUCGGUGCGCUACGAGGGCAGUGGACCACUUGCCUUUAGCCUGGAGGAUCUAACGAUUCAGGGCUCGUUCAAGUACAAGAUGCCCUUUGUCUUUGGCUCGAUUAAGAUCUACAAUUUCGAGUGUGUCGUUUCUCUGGGCGGUGUCAACUCCCACAUUGGCGGCAUUUUGGGCAAUGGACGCAUCAAUGAGAUGAUCAACGAUAUUGUGGAUUAUCAGGUGCCCGCGUUCAUCAAUGGACACCAGAAGGAGAUCAGUGCACGUAUUGAGGCAUUCUUUGUGCCUUUGGUCAAUGAACGUCUGAAGGGUCAUAAGGUCUGGUUCCUGCUGAAGCAACUCACCAAUACCACCAAGAAAUGUAAUCCUACACCCGCUCCUUGGCUGGCCAUCCAGUGAGCCAGAGCCACAAAUCAAGCAAAUCAAGUAAAUCAAUAAAUCAGAUGUAGCCUUUCAA